UACCACUGAUACCAAACGACCGCACAAAUUGAAAAAUGGAAGCAAGUUAUGUUUACUCUAAAAAACGCUCUGAAUUCGGGAGGCAGUGUAACUUAAGCGACAAAAAUGCUGAAGUCCUGAUAGAAAUAUUACCGGAUGCAGAGUUGUCUCAAAAGUUUAUCGAAAUGAAUCCUGUAGACAAAGGUGUUCAGUGCUCACAAGAAAUGUCUGAACACGAAGCCAAUACCGAAAGGUACAGAUCAGAAACACAUGGAAUGAAUCACACGGAGGGUGGCUGGCCGAAAGAUGUCAAUCCGCAGGAACCUGAUCAGGUAAUUAGAUAUCGAAAGAAAGUUGAGAAAGAAGAAGUCUAUAUUGCGACAGUUCAUAAACUAGGAAACAUUAUGGAACAUUGUAUUAAACAAAAUAAUGCCCUAAACAUAUACGAGAACUACUUCGAUGACGUGUAUCUAAAUGCUUCUGAAGAUUCCCUAUCUGCAAAGACUAUAAACGUUCUAAAAGACAUAAACGAUUAUAAGCGCAGCGUUGCCUACUUAUCCUGGUUUACAGAUGGUCCAACGAAAUUAGCAGUUGCUUACUGUAACACGGAGUUUCAAUCUCAGUCCCUAUCGAAUGAUUCAUAUAUAUGGGACUUAAACAAUCCCAAUAGACCAGAGUUGAUACUUAAACCAGCUUCUCCUCUUGUUUGUAUAGAAUACAACCCUAAAGACUCUCAUACGUUAAUUGGGGGAUGUUACAAUGGACAGUUGGCUUUCUGGGACAGGCGUAGGGGCUCACUCCCAGUUGAAUUAUCUCCAGUUGAGCAUAGUCAUAGAGAUCCUGUCUGGAAAACGCUGUGGAUACAAUCGAAAACUGGUACUGAGUGUUUCUCCACUGGGACCGAUGGACAAGUUUUCUGGUGGGAUGUUAGAAAGAUGUCUGAACCUACAGAGUUUCUUUACCUUGACCCUACCAAAAAACAAGACAUUUCUUGUGCUCAGGGUGCGUAUGCACUGGAGUACGAAUCUACAAUGCCAACGAAGUUUAUGGCUGGAACCGAGCAGGGAAUGAUUAUCUCCUGCAAUCGGAAAGGUAAAACACCUGCGGAAAAAAUCGUUGCUGUUUAUCCUGGACAUAUCGGACCUAUUUAUGCAUUACAAAGGAACCCAUUUUUCCCCAAGAACUUUCUUAGCAUUGGAGACUGGACUGCCCGAAUAUGGUCAGAAGAUAUUCGAGAAUCGCCUAUAAUGUGGACAGCUAAUCACAACCACGGUUUGUCGGAUGGCUGCUGGAGUCCUAUCCGACCGGCCGUAUUUUUUGCUACACGUUUGGAUGGAACACUUAGUAUAUGGGAUAUUAUAUUCAAACAGAAAGAACCUGCAUUGAAUAUUCAGAUAUGUGAAGAACCACUCCAUUGUCUCAAAGUCCAAGAACAAGGUCGACUUGUUGCAACAGGAUCACAUAGUGGAAUAUGCACGAUCCUAGAACUCUCUGAAGGGUUUUGGAAUCAGCCUAAAAACGAGAAGUCAUUAGUCACUGCCAUGUUUGAAAGGGAAACCCAUCGUGAGAAGAUUCUGGAGGCCAGAAAUCGAGAAAUAAAACUACGAAAACAAAAAGCACAGGGGACAAAGUGAUUCGAAAAAAUGGUCGAGCCAAGAACAGUUAGUCAUUUAAAGGUUAUUCGAAUUUGUAACGCAUAUGAAUUGUCUAACUGUCAACCCGAGCCAAUCCAGUGAUGAAGACUUUUUAAGUCGUGGGUAUGAAUGAAAACACUGAGUGUAUACAUCAGGUAACAGUACCCAUAUUCUGGAUCAUCAGAGUAAUCACUUAACCCCCUUAUCACUUGCAAUUUAUAGGCCUUCAUUAAAUUGCCCCUCAAGACAAAUACCCUGUCUGACUGAAUAAUCUUGUUGGUCUCAUCGCAUGUUUUGAAGCACAAUAACUUUACUCUACGCGCUCCCAUACUGGGUUUUACGUUGUAUGGUAGAUAACAUUUCAGAUACUCAUAAACUUGUUAUCGUUUUUGAGACUUCUGGGUUUGGCAAAAUCGUACUCUAAUACAUCAACUGCGCUUAGUCACCCGUAAAGAACAGACUUUGUGAUUAAGACGUUUUUAAGAGGUUAAGGCAUUCACAUCUGCCUGUUUAUUCUAGGAUUUCAGAGAAUAGGGAUCAUUCUUACUAACAUGUACACGAGAAACUAACUAUACUUGCGUAUACAGUCAUAUAAUUCCGAUGGAUAAGAAUGGUGAAACAGCAGCUCCCGACACUAAUGCAGUUGGUUCAAUGUGCGACAACCGAAAUGAGUACGAAUCAUAAUCAAGAACAAGUUGUUACAUGUUAUCUACAUAAUAACAUUUUGCGUAAAUAUACCCUUAUUUCAUCCUGAACCAAGACACAAAAAAAACUAAGCCUUAUUUGCUUACGACUUUAUCCGAACCCCUGUUAAACAUUGAUAAUUAUGUGAUUAUAACACUACACGCUCUAUUUUCAUAAAUUGCUUUAUCUGAUUCCGACUACCUUAAUCUUUUGGUAAAGAUCAGUUUCUUUUGCACAGGAUGAGACAACUGCUAUUGAUGAAGAAGAAUUAGACACAAAACGAGUGGAAGAAAUUACACGUUCAACACAAGAACAAUUUUUUGAAACCAUUGAACGAAAACUCAAAGAACGUGAGCUAAGAGAAAAGCUUGCUAUGGAAUCUGCACAAACUGCAAGCAAUAAACAGUUAAAGAAUGAAAUAGUACUUGAUGAGGAAGAAGAACGUCCUGUAUCAAGCGACGAUGAGCAAGAUGUUGUUGAAAGGGAAGGAGAACAAGUUUUGCAAACUGAAGCAGACGAACCUAGUGAAGCUGUUCAGUCUUAAUCUAGAAUUCAAGAUAGCUCACAUCAUGUUCUGAGUUUAUUGCUGAUGAUAAACGGACCUGGAUGUCUGCUGAUGUUAUGUUAUAUCGAAUUUUUUCUCGGUAUAUUAAAAUAUAAUAAAGUUUUUGGUGCAGUCA